UUUUCUGAGACAGUCCUGUAUGUAAAGAAUGGACGCGAGGACUCUAAAGACUUUGCAAAUGGUCCUUGAAUGCACUUUACAGAGUUACAUUGUCACUCUAACAGAUCGCGCUGACAUCUUUAAUGACAGGUUCAUUGGGGUUAAAAUGCACAUAGAAUAUCUGAAGUCCAUAUUGACGAAUAAAUAGUCAUCACAAGGUGAAGAUUAAAAAAAAGCAUUAUCACUUUUUGUGAUUUGUGCGAUUCCAACGUCGAAAUACCUUUUUUGAGCUCAAUUGCAAACUUUUUAAAAUUCAGAUCAUGAAACUCCAUGGUCGUAUAUCAGAGUGUAGUGACUGAGUGACAUUCAUGAAAAUGUCAAGAGAGGGUGUUUUAUGGAUGUAAUUUUCCAGCAGAUUCUCCGAGGUCAAUUGUGACAGGGGAUCAGGUCAUUCCUAUCGCGCUUCAGCUUUUAGUUUCCUCUUGGAGUUCAUCCCCGCUAUGAAAAUAUCUUUCAUAAUUUAAAUCUAUUUUUAAUGGUGCUGUAAUAGCUGCUAAUUACCUCCAGCAGGCUCUGGGCAUGGGGCAAGUACGAUGCCGUUUAGAGUUUUUCAAAGGGGGAAAAAAAAGAAAGGCAAUGGCCGAACCAUCAGUUGUCUGAAGACUUUGGUGGUUGGAAUGAUAAUCUGCAUAAUUGAUUGAUUGAUUGAUAUAUUUAUUUGUCGUUUGCCAGAGUACAGGUACAAAAGCAUCGAAAUUACAAGAAAGGGUGGAUGAAAGAUUACAGCAUAACAUGAGGGAAGAAGGCGAGAAAAAACACCAACCCCCCGACUAUGCCCCGAGAGGGGUACAGUGUGGAGCAGGAAAAAAACACCUUAGCACAUAAGCACAUACAUUUUAGACAUGACUUGCAACGAGUAGGAAGGGGGGAGGGGAGGUAAUCCAACAACUGGGUGAUCUAAGCCCAUCCAUUGGGGGCAGAAGGUAACCAGCACCGACAAGCAGCCAGCCGGUCCGGCGCCAACACAGCAGCGCCAGCACAGCCCCGUCCGGUCACACUGGGGGUGAAAAGCAGGCGAAGGCGUGGGAUGGGGGGAGGGGGGUAGUGAAUGCGAAUCAGUAUUAUUGAAAGUUCGUGUGUGCGUGUUCUGGUAUGUCGUCCUCCCCCAGGCCACAACAGACAGAGUUCUCAGUCCGCAAGAUGGUCGUUGCCAUGGAGAUAGCCUUGAAAGGUCCUGAGAUAACGGCUGGGAUUUCACACUGUUUUACGAUCUGAUAAACGAUGAAACUGAUCUAGUUCAGAUAAAUCUUAAAAGGGCCAGUUUACCAAAAUCACACAAAACUCAGCGACAGAGAUACUCAAUGAAACUAACUGUGGACUAUUUUCUAUUAAAGGUAUAUACCUACAGCACUUCAUAACAACACUUAUUUUGUUUCCCUCUAACCUGGACCGUCCCACUCUGCCUGGGACUUUUUGCUUAUUCAGCACAGGGAGGAAGUGAGUAUGGAGCUGAAGAACUUCAAUAUCUCAAAACGCGUGGUUUACUCUAUGGAUGUAAGACGGUCUCAUCGUCACAAAAUAUUUCUCCGAAGACAACCAAAAAAACAGCAAUGGAUCUUGGGAAAUGAAACGUCUGAUCCAUAUGAAAUGGAAAACAAUGUCAGAGUGGAAAUGGACACCAUUUAUGUAUCUAUUGUUCACAUUCAACAUCGCUCUCCGGUUCAUUGUGAUGCAUUUUAAUUUGAGGCAUUGCAAACAGUGUGGCACCAAAGAAAUCCUCAGUGAAUGUGAACAGUUUUAUCAAUAAAUGACUUCUCCCAGAUAGCUCAGAGACUACUCCCAUUUGGGAAUGCUUGUCGGUUCGCAAAGCAGCGCACAAACAAGACUCAAUUGAGCUUUCGGACUUGUUUGCCCCGUCGACGCAAUGACAGGGAAACAACGCGUAAAGCAUCUUUGUGUCCUCUCUAGUAUUCACCCUCAAACUGUAUGUUACCCAUACCUGCAAACUCAUGAGGGGGGGGGGGGGGUACAAGUGUUUUUUUUUCUUUUUUCACCACACCACAUCCGCGUUGUUUGAAGCCUCAAAGCUUUUAGAACCACAACUACAGUCAUUUUAUUGUUCUGACCACAAAUCUAAAUUAUGAUAAUAAACAGUUUAAGAACAAAAGUUCCUCCGCUCUGACUCAGCCCUAUAAUGAUAGUAAUAACAAAUAUACAUUGUCAUUAUAUAUAAUAUGGUUAAAGUCAUUCAUGAACCAACUUCCUUUUUUUUUUGCCUGAACAGUCCUCAUGGACUUUUCCCUGAAUCUGUUCUGUCUCUACCUGUUUGUCACGAUACUCAUAUUAUAACUUCUAUACAUAUUACAUACCUGCCAUAAAUAUCAUGAUACCCGAUACCAGAAUUCAAUACAAUACCAUAAAAACAAUAUGGUACCAUAAAUACGAGACUGGUAUAUUUAUCUAUAAUAGCAAUAAAUAAAACAUCUGUAUGGUUCACUUUUUACCAACUUUUUCAACACUUAACAAAUGACAGUAAUAUUAGUAUUAAUACAGCCAGAUAUGAAUGAAACUACAUGGUUCCAUCAUAGCAUUGAUUAUACACUAUGAGGCCGUUAGUCUCUGACCAGAUGAUACACAGUUCAUCAGGAUGAGCAGCUGUAGAGUUACACAACUUUACAGACUGAAACAUUUCACUUCUGGCAUCUUUUUAUUUGUUAAGCCGAAGUCGGUCUCUAAAGCUGCGCCACUUCUCUCGCUGUGAGCUGCGCAGCGCAGUGUGCGCAGACAGCUCGACACGGAGCAGUGCGUGCGCUCUGAUCGCUCUCUUAAUUAAGUAUCGAUACUAAAAAUAUGCUAAAUCACAUCGUGUUGAACGUACGGGUACUUUGUUAGCAUCGCUACACCGUGCAGCGUGACAGCAGUAGAUGUAGCGGGCUAACAUUCAAGCUAACCUGAACCCCCAAACGAUGUGGACAUCUGAACGCUGAUUGGCCGAGACUCGACACGUCCCAUCAAAGAUGUUUUAUUGCGAAGAGCACCACUUCACAUUUUUCUCCGCGUCUCACUGCAAUCUCAACGGCAGCGGGCCAGGUGACUCCCCCCCCAAACAAAAACUCUUUGGAUCUCCACGAUUCACGUGGAUGACCUAUUUUGAAUUCAAAACAGUGAAUUUCACCGAAAGGUGACAAGUUUGCAGGUAUGGUUACCCUAAUCCCACUUCUCCAAUGUCUCAUUCCGUCGGUCAUAUCCUCAGCAUUUACUCUGCAUCUAUAUCUAUAUUAUGGUUAUAACUACUACAUAUUUAGUCUAUAUGCCUGAAAUCUUACAUAUUCAGAAAUACAUCAACAUUGUGUUACUCUUAUCCUGUAAAAUACAGUAAUUAUUUUGAUUUGUACAACACCUUUCUAACCAAUGCUUUUCUAACGCUCUCUUUCUUGGGGGUUUUGCUUCGGGUUGGUUCUAUAAUCAGGUCAACAGAGUAAGUAUGAUGGGUGAGACGUAGAACCCUUUCUUCCUUUGUGCCAUACUGGAGAACCUCUCCAGUCUUGUCCUGUCUUAGAGUUGCAGUAUUGCAGCUCUUGGCUAGAAAGUGCAUGUCAGAAGUAUAGUUUUGAUCUACUGAGUGGUUGCACAUCAAGUAAUACCACUCAUGCUGUUUGAUUGUCAUUGGGUUGUUGAAGAACUGUUGUUCAUAUAGCUUGGCUCAUAACACCAGUCAUUUUGCACCAUGAUCCUCUUUUCCUGUCAUUUCUUCACCAUAAAUCCCCUCAUUUACAUUCCCAUAGGGGCGCAAAUAAUAACAACAAGCUCUGUAUACAGUGAGAGAUGAUAGGAAAACUGGUCUGGAGUUAAAAAACAACAACCUACAUACAAAAAAAGGCUUUCUCAUUUUGUGUCUGAGCGAGACGAGCCCACAGAGUGUGCCGGUGCUUGAUCACUCCUCCAUGUGCAUGGGAGCAAACUGGAGGUCAGAGUUGCAGACUUUAAGUGACUGAGUCUAUCUUUGGCGAUGUGCAGAACGCAUGCGCCGGAGUCUGCGAAAGCAUCAGGUUGGGUAAUGUACGUGCCUUUUGACAUCGUGGAUGUAAGAGGCCGUGUGCACCGUUCAUUGCUCAAAAAUGCACAUUAUUUCUCACGAAUGCACAUCGUUCUGCGGUCAUGUCCACGCCGCAUGGUAGUGGAGAAGUUCUAUUUGCGGUUUGCAUGGUGUGACGUGAGCAGAAUGUAUUUUAGCAUUAACGGACGGAACCUUUCGCUGUGCCUCACAGAGACUGAUGAUAACAUGCGGGCCUUCGCGGAGCAGGUCUUUGCGUCCGAGACCAAAGCAGAGGGCGUCCGCGAUGAGAUCUCUUUGUUUGAUGUGGCCGACGACUGUCCCAUCAUGCACCAGGAGAUGGCCCACCAUCUACACACUGACGAUGAUGUUGAGAAACGCAAGAGACACCAGCGCUGCCGCACCAUGAACGUGCCUGCAGCCGCGACCCACAUUCCUUCUGCUUCCUCUGUAGUGUCAGUGGAGGUGGACACGCCCACCUACCUGAAAGUGCCAGACUUCCAGAGAGUGGUCAUCAUCGGGGACACCGCCUCUGGGGUGACCAUGGACGACUUUGAGCAGUCCUGCAAGGGUCUGUACCGCGCCUUGACCAUCAGGGAGAAGUACAUGAGGCUGUCCUACCAGCGCUACCCGCGGACGACCUCCGAGUACCUUCGCGAGAUCGAGGGGGAGAGCUUCAAGAUCGAGGAUCAGGUGCAGCCAGUCUUCACAGCGCCUCCGGCGAACGGGGAAGACCCCUUUGACACCAAGAACCUGCCUAAGGAUCUGGGCUAUGUCGCUCGCAUGAAGGACGGCGUCAUCUACGUGUACACCGACGCUGCGGCCGCCGACAAGCUUCAGCCCAAAGACCUGCCCUGCCCCGACUACGACACCUUCAUCGACGACAUGAACUUCCUCAUUGCUCUCAUCGCACUGGGCCCAAUCAAGACUUACACUCACCGCCGUCUGAAGUUCAUCAUGUCCAAGUUCGAUGUGCAUGAGAUGCUGAAUGAGAUGGAGGAGAUGAAGGAGCUGAAGAUGAACCACCACAGGGACUUCUACAACUGCAGGAAGGUGGACACCCACAUCCACGCUGCUGCCUGCAUGAACCAGAAGCACCUGCUGCGCUUCAUCAAGAGGUCUUACCGUGUGGACGCGGAACGCGUCGUGCACAAACUCAAUGGGAAGGAGGUCACCAUGAAGGAGCUAUUCGAGUCCCUUAAGCUGCACCCUUAUGACCUCACCGUGGACUCCCUGGAUGUGCACGCUGGAAGACAAACCUUCCAGCGUUUCGAUAAGUUCAACGCCAAGUACAACCCUGUCGGCGCCAGUGAGCUGCGUGACCUGUACAUGAAGACAGAGAACCACAUCGGUGGAGAGUACUUUGCCACCAUCAUCAAGGAAGUAGCCAAUGACCUGGAAGACGCCAAGUACCAGUAUGCUGAGCCUCGCCUGUCCAUCUACGGCUGCAACCCCACCGAGUGGACCAAGCUCUCCAGCUGGUUCGUCAAGCACAGAGUCUUCUCCCCGCACCUCAAAUGGAUGAUUCAAAUCCCCAGGAUCUACGACAUCUUCAGAGCCAAGGACUUUGUGCCCCACUUUGGCAAGAUGCUGGAGAACAUUUUCCUGCCCGUGUUCCAGGCCACCAUCGACCCCAAGUCCAACCAAGAUCUCAGCAUCUUCCUCCAGCAUGUGACAGGUUUCGACAGCGUGGACGAUGAGUCCAAGCACAGUGGUCACAUGUUCUGCACUAAGAGCCCCAAACCAGAGGAGUGGGACAUAGCCAAAAACCCCUCCUACACCUACUACAUCUACUACAUGUACGCCAACAUCACCGUGCUCAACCAGCUCCGCAGAGAGAGGGGCAUGAACACGUUCACAUUCAGGCCUCACUGCGGUGAGGCCGGCGCCAUCACCCAUCUGCUGGCUGCCUUCAUGACCGCGGACAACAUCUCCCACGGCCUCAACCUCAAGAAGAGUCCUGUGCUGCAGUACCUGUACUUCCUGACCCAGAUCCCUAUCGCCAUGUCCCCUCUCAGCAACAACAGCCUGUUCCUGGAAUACGCAAAGAACCCGCUGCUGGAGUUCCACAAGAAAGGCCUGAUGAUCUCUCUGUCCACUGACGACCCCAUGCAGUUCCACUACACCAAGGAACCCCUGAUGGAAGAGUACGCCAUUGCGGCCCAGGUCUUCAAGCUCAGCACCUGCGACAUGUGUGAGAUCUCCAGGAACAGUGUUCUGCAGAGUGCCAUGUCUCAUGAGGAGAAGAGCCUCUACCUGGGUAAGGACUACCUUAAGGAGGGCCCAGAGGGCAACGACAUCCGCAAGACCAACGUGGCCCAGAUCCGCAUGGCGUAUCGCUACGAGACCCUGUGCUACGAGCUCAACCUCAUCAAGGAGGGUGUGAAGUCUGAUUGAACACUCUCAAAUACCACUUGGGAGAAAGAAAUCCAGCAUUUUUUUUCUAUAGCAACUCUUCAAACAAUUGAAUCUUAACGAAACCGUCCAUCUAACACGCUGGUGUUGCCUUCUUUUAGGGGGAGAAACCUUUUUACUCGUCACUUUGUGAAAUGUGCAUCACAGUGUGUGUUUUCCGUGCGGAUUAAUACAUCAUGUGGCGGAAUGGAAGGGAAUAAAAUGUGAAAUAACAA